CGUCGCCCUCCUCGAAGGCAGGAGACGUUUCGUCUGCCGUACAGAGUCGAAGUCGCAUCAGUCGGAGUCAGAGCCUCCCGCCGUCACCGUGUACCAUGAAGCUCCUCGCCUCUUGCAGUCUUCUUCUGAUCCUCGUUGAAGGAAAGAGCGGAGGUUCCACAGGGAGCUGCCCUUCCUCUGCCCCUCCUGCCGUCUCACUGGUAAGCAGUACUUGUGGCUCUUCGAGUGACACCAGUGGAAGACAGACCUGGCUCGGCCGAUUCUGGACUGGAUUCCUCGGACUGGUCACGGGAAAUGGGAAUGGGCUCGGGAGGCAAGAUGAUCCCCUCAUCCUCGGUGGAUCCCAGGCCACCAUAAAUGAAGCUCCUUUCAUGGCCUUCCUGGAUGUCGAGGUCGGAUCCUCCUCCUCCACUUUUGUGUCCAACUGCAGCGGUAUGAUCGUCAGCGAUCAAUUCGUCGUCACUUCUGCUUGGCGCCUCGCGAACGCCAGUAAAGUGACAGUCUGGGUGGGGAGUGCUACUAUCAGGACAGGCACUCCCAUAGUUGCCGAUUAUUGGAAAACUCAUCCCGAUUAUACUGGAGUCGGAACAGUCGCGAAUGUCACUGGGAAUCACGUAGGGUUGAUCCACUUGCCCAAUCGUCUCACCUUCGACUCGACCAUCCAGCCGAUCUGCUAUCCGAUGUCUGACGUUCUGGGGACUGCCGUAUCUGGAUGCAACAAGAAAGCGUACGGGUGGGGAGGCGUCGAUGUUACCGGGGUUACCAAGGGAAGCACUACCCUCAAGAAGUUUUCCGACUUCACCAUCACAUCCGACAAUUCCGGCGGAAUCAUGACGACGGGAGUGACGGAAGACCUUCUGGGCCUGUGGCAAGGCGAACGAAGCCUGUUCCGCUCCCAGAGCAUCCCGUCGGGGCAGGACCUGACGAAUCCCUUGCCUUCCCUGCCCCGUUCCCAGCAGGCGAAUCACGUCGGCUUUGCCACCGUCCGACCAUCGAGGAAGAGAGUCAACUUCCACGAGGUGAGGAGAGGAACGACGUUUCGGUUUCCGGAUGGAACGGGUGGGGAUGGGUCACCGUGGGUCGUCGUGGGUCACCGUGGGGCGCCCUCGCUUUCCGUAGCGGAUGAUAGCGUGGAUGCGAGACCGUGA